AUGAAGAUUCUUACAAAGGAGGAAGAACAAGGUGAGCUAGCCUUAUCGUUGCCCCAUCCCUAACGCAAUUCUAACGCGCUCUGAUCCAAGAGCACUACGCCGCCGUCCUCAGGGGUGGAAUUUCCGGCGGCCUGGUGGGGUUAGGAGUGGGUCUCGGGGCCGCAGCGGUCCUCAACCGCCGCUGGCAGUUCUUCCGCGCCCUCACACCCCCGCUGAAGGCUUUCUUCGUCACCAGCUCGGGAACCUUCGCCGCUAUCAUCAAUGCCGACAUCUACUCCCGUGCUUACGAGGCCUCCCGCCACGCUGAGCUCCGCGAGUACCAGGACUCGGCAGCGCGCGCCCUCGCGAUGGCAAGGGCCAACAGAACGGGUUGGGAGAAGUUCAAGGACUUUGGUCGAGAAAACCGGUACCCUAUCGUCACGGCGAGUUGGGUUCUCAGUAUGGCCAUCAGCUUGGGGCUCGUCAGUCGGAACAGGUACCUCACUACCAGUCAGAAACUGGUCCAGGCGAGAAUGUACGCCCAGGGUCUUACCCUUGCCAUGUUGAUUGCGAGCGCUGGGUUUGAGGUUGCGGAUGCCAGGGGCGGGAAGGGAAAGUUUGAGACCGUGCUCGUUGUUGAUCCCGAGGACCCGGAGCACAAACAUAUGAUUGAGAAGAGGAUCCACCAUGAGAGCUAUCCUGGUGAGGAUUUGUGGAAAGGUUUGUUUCUGGCCCGGUUGAUGCCACUGGUUUGGAUUGUCGUGCUAACUAUUUUGAUAUAGAUAUGGUCGAGUCGGAAGAGCGAAAGCUCAAGGAGAGGGAGGCAGCUAGGGCUAGGGCCAGGGCCAAUUAGAUAGCCUUAGCCCUAACAGGGCAUUCUUGUGAAUAGCCUUACGGAAGCAGUGUGUGGUCCAGUGUUUCUCCUUUCCCCUUUCCCUUGCGUUGCUUGAUUUGGCCGGGGCGAUCAUUAGAGAUAUUUCUCGUCUGUACUAUACCAUUUUCACCAUUUCCAUUCUCCUUUGCUUAUGGCUCUUCUCACCCGUUAGAUUGCUAAGCGCUACAUUUCUCAUGUAUCAUGCGAGCAUCCUUGUAGAGGUAGAGGCGUUAGAUUUUUUACUUUUUCUACUUUUUUACAUUUUUGCUUCUACUCUGCUCGGCCCCUUCUCCCGGGUAGGUCAAUGCCCCUGGGGUAGAUAAUAAGGAAACGUUACUAUGAAUAAUCAGCCACUCGAGUGAAUAACCCGGCUGGGGGCAGAAGAGAUGUUUGAUCUUAGAGCUGGAGAUGUGAGAAAUAUGCAAGGAGACUGCGGAGGACGGGACCGUCGGUUUAUAUAGAGAAAGCUCGGAGCAAGGAAAUUUGUCCAUGCAGGAGCUGAUGAAUAUCGUUCGUAAGUGGGUUUGAACAUUGUGGUAACAUAAUCCUCGGCCG